UUGUUUCCGCUUCAUUGUAAAUUCGGUUGGAAUUGUAAACAUUGGUUGUCUAGCGGGACGAAGGUGAAAGCGAAAGGGAUCUAUCUCAUCCGAGAUUAUUUGUGGCAAUGAAUAAGCAAAUUGCAUCAUCAUCAAGACCCAGAAAGCCCAGUGGUACGGUUUUACCCUACCAAACCCAGCGAAUAAGGGACCACUAUUUCUUGGGCAAGAAGCUUGGCCAAGGCCAAUUUGGCACCACCUAUCUAUGUACCCACAAGGUCACUGGUGUCCGCUACGCCUGCAAAUCAAUCCCCAAGCGCAAACUCGUCUGCCUUGAAGAUUAUGAUGACGUCUGGAGAGAGAUCCAGAUCAUGCAUCAUUUGUCCGAGAACUCAUCCGUGGUGCAGAUCAAGGGAACUUACGAAGAUGCCGUCUUUGUUCAUUUGGUUAUGGAGCUUUGUGCUGGUGGGGAGCUUUUUGAUAGGAUUGUGGCCAAAGGUCAUUAUAGUGAAAGAGAGGCUGCUAAGCUUCUCAAAACUAUUGUCGGUGUGGUCGAGGCUUGUCAUUCUCUUGGGGUUAUGCAUAGAGAUCUCAAGCCUGAGAAUUUCUUGUUUGAUUCUCCUGGGGAUGAUGCCGUUCUCAAGGCUACAGAUUUUGGCUUGUCCGUCUUCUAUAAACCAGGACAAUGUUUUUGUGAUGUUGUUGGGAGUCCCUUUUAUGUUGCUCCGGAGGUUUUGUUGAAGCAUUAUGGACAAGAAGCAGAUAUAUGGAGUGCUGGUGUUAUCCUAUAUAUCUUGUUGAGUGGGGUCCCCCCAUUUUGGGCUGAAAGUGAUUCGGGAAUCUUCAGACAGAUUUUACAUGGAAAAGUUGAUCUUGUAUCUGAGCCAUGGCCUAGUAUCUCUGACAGUGCAAAAGAUCUGUUAAUGAAGAUGCUUGAAAGGGACCCAAAAAAAAGAAUUUCUGCUCAUGAGGUCCUGUGUCACCCAUGGAUUGUGGAUGAUAGGGUUGCCCCAGACAAACCUCUGGAUUCUGCUGUAUUAUCACGUUUAAAGAAGUUCUCAGCAAUGAACAAACUUAAAAAGAUGGCUCUGCGUGUCAUAGCAGAGAGACUCUCUGAGGAAGAAAUUGGUGGCUUGAAAGAGUUGUUCAAAAUGAUUGAUACAGACAACAGUGGGACGAUUACAUUUCAGGAACUCAAAGAUGGCUUAAAGAAAGUCGGCUCUGAACUUACGGAAUCAGAAAUCAAGUCUUUAAUGGAAGCUGCUGAUAUCGAUAACAGUGGAACAAUUGACUAUGGUGAAUUCCUUGCUGCUACACUGCACAUAAAUAAGAUCGAGAGGGAGGAGAAUUUAGUUGCUGCUUUCGCCUUUUUUGAUAAAGAUGGUAGUGGUUACAUCACCAUUGAUGAACUUCAAAAUGCCUGCAAAGAGUUUGGUCUAGGUGAUGUUCAUCUGGAUGAGAUGAUCAAAGAAAUUGACCAAGACAAUGAUGGGCGAAUAGACUACGGGGAGUUUGCUGCAAUGAUGAGAACGGGGGAUGCUGGGGUCGGAAGAAGCAGAUCUUUGAGGAGCAACCUGACCUUCAGUUUAGCUGAUGCAUUGGGAGUGAAAGACCCAUCACAUGAUACUAACUGAAAUUAUAUUACUCGAACUUGGAUGUGAGUGUCGGAUACAAGUAUGUAUCAUACAUAAGUAUGUUUAAUUUUUUUCAACGUUUUUCCAUGUAUUUAGAAGGUCCUUGAAUUGUUAUAUCUAAUCUCUAUUCCGAUG